AACCUCUAUCGAACCUCACAAAGACACAAACCCUCAAUUAGUUAAUACCUCUCUUUACAUUCACAACACCUACCUACAACCUACCCAUCUCUUCUCUGAGCUCAAAACAAACACAACAAUGGCGGCAACCGAGAAGAGGUGCUAUUACGAGGUCUUAGGCCUCCAACAAAGCUGCACCCAAGACGAAAUUCGCAGCGCCUACAAAAAGCUCGCCCUUCAACGCCACCCCGACAAGCUCAUACAAUCCGGCAUCGCCUCCGCCGACGCAACCGCCGCAUUCCAAGAGCUUGUUCGAGCCUAUGAAAUUCUAUCCGACCCCAAAGAGCGUUCUUGGUAUGAUUCACAUCGAUCCCAAAUCUUGUUUUCAUCGAAUUCUGGAAGUGAUUCUAAUUCCAAUUCUGAUUCCCCAUUCCCUGAUUUGUUUUCAUACUUUUCUCCUUCUUGUUACACUGAUUAUACGAAUCCUAAAACUGGGUUUUACAAGGUUUAUGGUGAUGUGUUUGAUAGAAUUUAUGCGCAUGAAAUUAAGUAUUGUAGGUUGAUGGGGUUGAAUUUAGGGUUAGUUAAGGAGGCCCCAUUGUUGGGGGAUUUGAAAUGUGAUUAUAGUCAGGUGAAUGCGUUUUAUGGGUAUUGGUUGGGGUUUAGUACUGUUAUGGAUUUUGGGUGGGUGGAUAAGUAUGAUGCUGCUGCUGGGGAGAAUAGGAAGUCGAGGCGGGUGAUGGAGGAGGAGAAUAAGAAGGUGAGGAAGAAGGCGAAGAGGGAGUUUAAUGAGACGGUUCGGGGUUUGGCCGAGUUUGUGAAGAAGAGGGAUAAGAGGGUGAUUGAUAUGAUGGUAAAGAAGGAGAAGGAGAGGGAGAAGAAAAGGGCGGAGGAGAUGGCGAAGAAGAAGGAGAGAGAGAGGGAGAAGUUGGAGAGGGCUAGAAUGUAUCAGGAGCCAGAUUGGGCUAAGGUUGAGGAAGUGGAGUUGGAGGAUUUAGAGGAGGAUGGGAAGGGAGAGGAGGAGAGGAAGGAGUUGUAUUGUGCUGCUUGUGGGAAGAAGUUUAAGUCGGACAAGCAGUGGAAGAAUCAUGAGCAGUCGAAGAAACAUAAGGAGAAGGUGGCUUAUUUGAGGAAGUCUUUUAUUGAGGAAGAUGAUUUUGAGGAUGUCGAACAGGUGGAUGUUGAUGGUGGAAUUCAACAUGAAACUGUGGAGCCUGUGGCAGGAAAUGUGGAUGAUAAUAAUGAUGUGGCAGGGAAUGUGGACAGUGAGAAGUCUGAGAACGUUGUCGUUGAUGAUGGUUUUGUGUCUGCAGAGGAUGAUGUUGAUGAGUUAGAAGAGAGGUUUCAGGAAAGUGUUGGGUUUGAGGAGGGAAAAAGUAGAUAUGAACUCCCUUCUGAUAAAGAAGAUGGCAUUGGUAAUGAUGAAUUGAAUGAUAUUAGACAGUGUCCUGGUGGAUCCGAUGAUGAGUCAGUUGAUCUUGAAGCCAUGAUAUCUGGUCGCCGGAAUAAGAAGCAUGUGACUUCAAAGAAUGAAUCUUUUGAAAGCAAUAAUGUUCAGAGUGAGGAUGAUAUAGAACCUAUGGAGUAUAAUAACAAGAAAGUAAAAAAGAAGAGCAGAAGAGCCAAGAAAGAGAAGGACAAUGUGCCAGUUAUGGAAAACAAUGGACUCAGUGUUUCAGAUACAUCAAACAAUGGGGAUGAUGAUCAAGUUGAUCAUGACCCACAAACUAGUACCAAGGCCGGGAAAAAAUCUUUUGGAAGGAAAGAAAAAGGUACCAUCAAGCGAGAUACUGAGGCAAAACCAAAGAACCCGUGUAAAGGAAGGAAACAAAAGGAAAAAUCUAAAAAUCAUGAACCUGUAUGUGAAAAAUGUGGGGAAGAGUUUGAGUCAAGAUCUAAACUUCACAAACAUUUAAGUGAAACUGGUCAUGCAACGGUGAAAAUUAGAUGAUGAAUUGGAAAUUGUCUUGCAUGAACACAUUCUUCUCCCUCAUAUUGAUGGUGCUGAUUAGCUGCAUGAGGAUGAUUAUUCUACGUUCAAGAAUAGAUGUUGUCUUGGCCUGUCAAUUCUUGGGAGCUAAUAUCCACAAAAUCUGUUGCAUUGGGAUAUCUUGCUCGAGUCUCUUCAACAUAAGAGAGAAUUUUGGAUGUAGCCAAAUUUUUUUCAUGUCAGGAUGACCAGGUUAUGUAAUUGUUUGUGCCAUCUUUGGAUGGAUGUUCUUUAUCUGUAUUUUUUGACGGGGCAAGGGAGGUUAGCAAAAAUUAUUUGUACUGUGCUGGAAACAAGAAAGAUAGUAGACAGGAAAGAAGAAAGGUAACUCGAAAGGCAAAAUUUUUUGUACUAAAUGUUUACAUGGAACUUCAUAUAAAUUAAGCUGUAAAGAGAUAUACUCCAAUGACUACGUUUUUUGCUUAGCUUGUGUA